AUGUCAGGAGGCCAUCUGUCCAAGGAUUUUUUCGAGCUCAUAAAGGCCAUCGGGGAGAGCAAGUCGAAGCAGGAAGAGGACAAAAUCAUACAAGGGGAAGUGCAAGUGUUAAAGCGAAAACUCUUGGAGCCCAAUAUUCCUUCCAAAAAAAUGAAGGAGUAUAUGAUACGAGCUGUUUAUGUGGAAAUGCUCGGGCACGAUGCUUCUUUUGCCUACAUACACGCUGUCAAGUUGGCUCAGGAUAAGAACGUAUACAGUAAGAAAGUUGGGUACAUGGCUUCGUCCCUGUUCCUCAAUGGUGAUGACGAGUUGAUGCUAUUGUUGAUCAACACCAUGCAGCGGGACCUCGGCAGUUCCAACUUCCUAGAGACCUGUGCAGCUCUGUCGGCCGUCACCCAGGUGGUGAACGCUGAGAUGAUCCCAGCAAUAUUGCCUUUGGUUACCAAACUUCUUACACAUUCCCAAGAUGCUGUGCGGAAGAAGGCCAUCAUCUGUAUUCAACACUUCUUCAGACUGUCGCCGGACUCUGUAGUUGAUGAUGUCCAGCAGGAUGUGCGUAGAGCUCUGUGUGAUCCUGAUCCGGCAGUUAUGGGGGCUAGUUUGAAUCUGCUGCGGGACAUCAUUCGCAGUGAUCCUGACUCCUGCAAGGACUUGGUACCCUCGCUGGUGAAUAUUCUGAAGCAAAUAAUCGAGCAUAGACUGCCGAGAGAUUUUGACUACCAUCGUAUGCCGGCGCCUUGGCUGCAAGUUAAUUUGGUGAAUCUUAUGGGAAUGCUGGGAGAAGGAGAUCAAGAUGUAAGUGCCCAAGUAUACGACAUAAUACAGGAGACCAUGCGCCGUGCCGACACCGGUGUCAACGCUGGGUAUAGUGUUGUCUACGAGUGCGUCAAAUGCGCGGCUAAGCUGUACCCCAGCCACACCCUUCUAGAACAGAGUGCUGCCUCUAUAUCAAAGUUCCUACAGAGUGACAGUCACAACCUCAAGUACCUUGGAGUCACCGGACUGGCGAUGAUCAUUAAAGUGAACCCAGACUAUGCGAGGGAGCAUCAGCUGAAGGUUGUAGAAUGCCUGGAGGAUCCUGACGAAACUCUCAAGAGACGUACAUUGGAUCUGCUUUACCGUAUGGCCAACACAGCUAACGUCAUUGUGGUGUGUGCUAAGAUGCUGCAAAACCUCCGAUGCUCCCAUGAUGUCCAUCUACGCAGAGAUCUGGUCCGGAAAGUUGGCUCCCUAGCAGACAGAUAUUCACCAUCGAAUCAAUGGUAUGCCGAGACCAUUAACCAGGUGUUCAAGUUGGCCCCUUCCUUGGUGCCUCCUUCUAUGCCCAACUCCCUUAUGCGUUUGGUCGCAGAGAGUGGCGAGGACGACCCUGAGUUUAGAGUAUGGGCCGUUAACACCUACGUGAAGAUGAUUGCUGAUAACUCUGACAGUUUGCCCGAUGUCCUCGUGAGGAUCGCGGCUUGGGUGUUGGGCGAAUACGGUUGUAUGUGCACAUUGAGUGGUUACACCACUGAUGACAUCAUCGACAUUCUGGUGAGCCAAGCAGUGGAUCGGCCUACGUUCACCGAGGCCAGAGUCACUCGAGGUUAUCUUUUCUCGGCGAUGAUGAAGUUACUCAGUCAGGAGCAACAGCAAACUGCCUCGACGCCCUCCGUGGACACAGUGCGACGAGCCCUACGGAAGUACAGUACCGACCCGGACAUGUACCAGAGGAGUCUCGAGUACCUCAAAAUCCUCGACGGCUCGCCGGACCUGCUGCCGUCGGCCUUCCCCUACGACGAGACCAACUACGAGCAAUCGGACUCCUUAAUCGACAUAUCUUUAUCAUUCCUCGACGGUGUGGUAGAUAGAGCCAUAAUGGAGGGGAUGAAAGAAUACGAUCGGCCUAGUGCUAUGGCCUAUGCUGUCGAGGCAUCGGCGUCGUCGUCCUCGUAUGAAGAACGUCAUCGUGCUCUCUCUGGUCUCAACUUCACGCCUUAUAGCGCACCUACCAUGCCGUCCCAAGGGGCAGUGUCUCAGCCUAGUAGUAGUACCACAAAUAAGCCGCCAGUGUCCAGUCCUUACCAGUCCGGUUCUACCCAGCCCCCGGCCCCAGCAGGUGGUCUUCGAGUGAAUGCCCCGAAGAAGUGGGGCCCUCAAGGCUUCAAUGCUCGAAAACCCGCGGAGGCGAUCGCCUCCGCCGCCGCCCCAGCAGCAGCAUCAUCGACUUUCCAACAGCCGAGUCCCGCGCCUCCUUCAAGGACACCGCCCGCCCUGGCUACUGUCUCUACUUAUCCUACUCCGGAUGAGUUACGCCGUAGGGCAGCUCAAGAGAAGAUGGCUGGCGCGUUGUUUGCUGGCAUUGGUACUAAUGAUGGUAGUACUAAUACGGCUACACGGCGGCAACCGAUAGCUGGGCCGAGAUCACUGGUUGGCCAGCCGGGCUAUUCUCGGCCUAAGGCUGGGUCGGUAGCAGAUGGGAAGUCGGCAGCACCCAAGGCGCCUCCACCGCCGCCCACUAAGGCUGUUGACUUAUUGGACCUGUUCGGAUCACCUACUGCAGAGGAGUCUCAUCGAGAGUCUGCUGAGGAGGCUGUGGCAAUGCCCGUGCCCCUCACUACCUCGUCGUUGGAUAUUCUAUCAUCCAACGAUGACGAUAUGCUAGGGAGUGCAGCCCCUUCAUCGGCCCCUUCUCUGGUACCUGUUCACCGUAGUGUUCAGCAGCCAUCAAAGCAGGAGUUCAAUCUGUUGGAGCAGUCCCCGGGCUCGUAUGGUUCCAUCGAGGCCCAACAGCCCCAGGUGGAGGAAGAGGAGGAGGUGAAGUUGAGGCCUCUGGAUAUCACUACUGAGCAGUUGGGUGGAGAGUGGCAGAAGCUUCAGGACUCAUGCGAGAUACAGCUGUCAUUCUCCCACGUACCGGAAGUGUCCAGCAGAUUGACAGACGACGUCGGCUUCCAUCUGGUUGAAGUCAUUGGCGACGAGAGGAUCUUUGCUGCUACAACGCCUUCUGGGGAGAUGGUCUUCGCCCACUGUCGAGAAAGUGCCUUGCAGUCGGACUUAAUUUUAGUAGCAUCAUCGUCGGCAGCUGGGUGCUUAGCUCAAGAGCUCAUCGAGAGGGCCACGUCUGAAUAGAUG